UUUCAGAUAAGGGGAAUAACUGAUGGACAUAUAAACAUGACGUCUCCAUCCUGAAGCUGUAUCGACAUGGGCAACUAUUCUUAAGUGGGGACGCAGAGGCUUUCUGGAGGGGGCACCUGAACGACCAAUAACGCCCCGACCUAUGAUGUCAUCGGAGGAGGAGACAGAAUUCGGAGUGUAUACAGAUAAGCUCUUGAAGAAAAGCAAAAGAACCAGACAGCGCGUAGACGCCGGCGAGCCGCGCAACUCUUACUCGUCGAUCCCGAAUUUCAGUUCGCGUCCGAACUUUCUCGGCUCAAGCGGCAACCUGUACGGGGCCAUCUUCACGCAGCACCAACAGUUCGGACUGUUCGGACCCGGCUUCGCGCCCGCCAAGAUGCUCAACGAGCUGCUGGGCCGCCAAAAAAGCGGCGACGGCAGCGAAGAGGGCGACUCGACCGCCCCGGGCGACGCUAGCCCGCCCGCGGACGCCCUCGCGCACCACAUGCUACGCGACAUUCUACAGGGCCGCAAGCACGACCUGCUAGCCCUCGACCACGACCUACGUCAAGAACACAACAACAACAACGAGCCCAAGGACAGCCCGGAACCUGGAGAUCAGGGCCAGGAGGCCCGCGACGAGCCCCAGGCACAGCCCGAGCUACUGGAGGAGGCACUCAACGGCCUGGAGACGGCCUCGCUGCCCUCGCCCAAGGUAGAACCGGCCAGUCCUGCCAAGCCGGAGGAUGCCAAAAGGGCUCGCGUGGAGCACAUCGUGUCCGGCAUGAGGGCCAGUCCCGCGCCUCCCCAAGUCAAUGGCUGCAAGAAACGAAAGCUCUACCAGCCGCAGCAGCACGACAGUGCAGCGGACAGGUUUCUGGACGACGACGAGGAGGAAAUCACCGAGCCGCUCAGACAGAAACGUGUUGAGAAGAAUUUGCUCAAAUCGCAGUUGAGAACUAUGCAGGAACAACUAGCAGAGAUGCAACAAAAAUACAUGCAAUUGUGCACGCGAGUGGAACAAAACUCGGAGGAGAGCCAGGAGGUGGAAGAGAUCCCCAGUGACAGUGAACAGAGCGGGAGGCGUUCGCCGCCCCCGUCGCCCGUGACUAGCACACCGACGCCGACGCCCGCGCCCGCUCCCGCGCUUCAUGAGACGCCCAAACAGAAAAUAGGCCCACCACCGCCUUCCUUCCACAACGGCCUGUUGCACGCUCCCCAGCACGUUAACAGCGCCGCAGCCAUGUACCUAGGACACAAGCUGCUCAUGGAGCAGGAAGCGAGAAUGGCCAAGGAGGCGGCGGCGGCGGCUGCUCUCAGUGAGCAGCAACCGCCACCACAGCCACCUUCGGCACCCAAACCCGACCCCCUCACCGAAAGACUGCACCUAAUGCGAAGCAUGGCGGCACCCAGCGGUCCAGACCUCGAAGGGUUGGCCGACGUGCUCAAGACCGAAAUCACCGCCUCACUAUCGAACCUCAUUGACUCCGUGCUAUCCAGAUUUGUGCACCAGAAACGGUGUAAGCAGCAAGACGCUGCGAACGCCGCGGAACAGCUCAACAAGGACCUCCUGAUGGCUUCGCAGCUCCUAGACCGCAAGUCGCCCAGGACGAAGGUGGCGGAGCGACCCCAAGGGCCACCACCGCCCCCGAGCCACCUUAAUGGCCUGGGGCAGAUGAUGCCCAUGCACGGCCUCCACAGCAACGGCCUGCAGAAGCCGGCGGACAUGCACGUGCGGCCGCCCAUGUUCCAGCCGCCCAAACCACCCGGCAUAAGCCAGGCGCCGCUCUACGCCAUGAACCACCCCUUCUGCGUCCAGAAACAGGAUACCCCCGAGCAGAACGAGGCCCUGAGUUUGGUAGUGGCACCUAAGAAAAAACGGCACAAGGAUUUCGUGCCGUUCAAGGUGACAGAUACCCGCAUCACCCCCAGGACUGUCAGCCGCAUCCUGGGCCAAGACGGAUCCAUGGGCAUGUCCCCCGGUUCUGCCAUGGACCAGACCUCUUCAACGACCGGUGGUGGAGGUGGAGCAGGAGGAGCAGGUACGGGUGGAGGCGGUCCCCCCUCCUGUCCCUCACCAAGACCGCCGCCCCCAUAUCACCAGCCGCCACCGAUGUUGCCCGUCUCCCUUCCGACGUCGGUGGCGAUACCGAACCCGGGUCUGCACGAGUCCCAGGUCUUCUCGCCCUACAGCCCCUUCUUCCACGGACCAAGCCAUGGCCACCACAUGGCAAUGCAGGCUUCCUCCUCACCACCUCGCAUGCACCACAAAAUGGAGAGGGAGUCGCCCCCAGUACAUCAUCCCCCCACGCUGCUGCACCCCGCGCUUCUGGCCGCCGCCCAGCAUGGCGGCUCUCCCGACUACUCCCACAUGCGGGCCCCCUCAGGGGGCCUCAACAUGGACAACGGCGACCGCAACUCCGACUGCAACUCGGGCGACAUCUCGUACGACGGAAUGCAACCUACUAUAUCCUUUUUAUGCAAACCAAAUAUUUCCUUAACAUCCGAUCACUCGUCCACAUUGACACCCAUGCACCUGAGGAAAGCCAAAUUGAUGUUCUUCUGGGUGCGGUACCCCAGUUCGGCUGUCCUAAAGAUGUACUUCCCCGACAUCAAGUUCAACAAGAACAACACUGCCCAGUUGGUCAAGUGGUUCUCUAAUUUCAGAGAGUUCUACUAUAUCCAAAUGGAGAAAUAUGCCAGACAAGCAGUUUCAGAAGGUGUGAAAAAUGCGGAUGAUCUUCACGUAGGUGGCGAUUCCGAGCUAUACCGAGUGCUCAAUCUACACUAUAACAGAAACAAUCACAUCGAGGUAUGGGGCCCUCAGGUUCCUUCAAAUUUUCGGUUUGUCGUGGAACAAACGCUCAGGGAAUUCUUCAAAGCGAUCCAGGAGGGCCGGGAUACAGAACAGUCCUGGAAGAAAUCGAUCUACAAGAUCAUUUCGCGUUUGGACGACCCUGUACCCGAGUACUUCAAGUCGCCCAACUUCCUGGAACAGCUAGAGUGACCGGGCGCUGUUGCCAAAUCACCGGCAACGCCGCCUCCACCGCCGUCACAUGUUUAUCCCCACAUUGUCGGCGCUUGGUACUAAUUUAUUAUAUAUCGUAACGUCAAUACCAAAUAAACAGAGACAACAUAAUUAUAUGGAAUCGGUGACACGGUGUAUUUCAUUUUUCUCACUUAUAUAUGUUAUUCGUGUCUUCUGCCAAGCGGAUAAUCUGCACAAUUCAGCACCACUGUAAGCUGUGCUUUCGCGCGCGAGUAUAACAUGCACACCCUGUAUAUAUAUGUCUGCGUGUAUAUUUUCUUUAAACUAUCGUGUGCGUGUUAUGCGACGCAAUAUUAUAAGAAGCCUGUAAAUAUUUAUUAAUAUUCUUUUUUCCUAUUUUUGUCUACAACCAAAGUUAUAUUUUUGCUAGUCGUUGAGGUUAGGGACUCGAUACUUCUUCUUUCCGGUCACAAUAUGGAAAAAAAAAGAAGAGAUAUUCGAUGUAACCUGUUCUGUUUUUAGAUUAAUUUAGUUGGAUGUCCUCUGAAAUAGUGUGUGUUUGACACAUAUUUUGUUACCUUAUAUACAGAGGGUAACAAAAUACGUAGAGUACACGCAUAUAUAGUUAAAUAUAUACCAGAGGUAUUAUAUUUACUGUGAUCCGUCGUAUUAAGUAGAUAUGCCCGUUUGAUUUUGCUAGUUUAAAGAAAAAACUAUAAAAUAUUUUUUUACGUUCUCAAUCAAGAUUCUUAUUUACUUAAAUUAAUUACUGAUGUUAUCUAUCUAUUUUAUAGUUUUUUCUUAACCCCUACCUAUAUUUUUUGUAUUAUUUUUAGAAGGCUAGUUGCUAUAUACAUUUAUGUUUCUUUUUUUCAUAUUGCAUGUCUGCUUAAUAUUUUAAGUUAUAUUAUAAUUAAUUUAUGUUAUAUAUUAAUUUAUUUCUCACAUAGCACGAUUAUUUUUAGGUUAGGUUAUCACGAUCUCGUCACGUGUUUGGCAACU